AUGCAUCCUGUUGUAUCUUCAAUAGUCGAUCUGGACGACUGGUUAACCCUCCAGUCGAAGAGUUCAGAUUUCGCAAAACUAACAGCUGGUCCUUUAGCACUUCCACCACCACCAGUUAUGCCCAAGAGAAAUGGGAAGGGAUAUCCAACUCCCUAUGUUUCUACCAUCAACCAUGUCACCACCUCAACGUCUGAAACAAACUCGUUGCAAACAAAGGGGGGAGGUCUGCGGGUGAACCCACCCAAUACAACCUCGUUUAGCCAAACCAAAGGCAGCCCAACGUGCUUUGUCUGCAAAGAGCCAAUCCACAGAAUUGAAGAGUGCAACACCUUCAGGCAGAUGUCUCCAACACAAAGAGCGGAGACAGUCUUCAAAGCAGGCCGGUGUCUCCGAUGUCUCACAGGAAAGCACACCAGCCGAGUCUGCAGACUGAAAUCGAUUCGAUGUACGGUCGAAGGAUGCAAGAAUCCGGGGCACUCGACGUUGCUUCAUGGUUCCGAGUUUUCCACAAAAACCAAUGCAAGCACCUCCAGUGACUACAAGACUACACCAGAAUCGAAACCACCACGUCGAGUGACUUUCGACAACAAAGUCGACGAAGCCUUCCUUGGUGCAGUAUCACGCACCGGGUCGGACACACCACGUCGAGUGCUCUUUAAAAUUGUUCCUGUUCGUCUACAACAGGGAGAGAAAGUCUUCGAUACCUUUGGAUUUCUAGACAGCGGAAGCGACUCCACCGUAAUCCGAAGUGAUGUGGCCAGAACACAACUAGGUUUAUCCGGGCCGACAACGAAGAUCAACGUGACUUCUUACGACGGGGGAGUUACUCCAGUCAAUGCUCACAUAGUGGACUUCGUCAUCAGUUCGCGAGACGGGUCGACUUCGUUUAAAGCAAGAAGGGCAUAUGCAGUAGAUAAUCUACAAGUCGCUCAAAAUCCAACCUUUUCGGGCUUACAAGCAAAGGCAUUCCCUCAUCUGCAGGGCCUGAAGCUCCCAGAAGUUCAAUCCGACCAAGUUACGAUUCUAAUUGGCCUCGAUGUAGCAGACGCUCACGACCAUAGCGAAUCGCGUAAACCAAUGGAUGGGUCGACUGGACCGGUGGCUUUCAACACGCCGUUUGGAUGGUGCUUGGGAGGCAAAGUGAGCCCGCAAAGCGAACAUGAGCAAACAGGCCAUUAUGUAGCUCAUAUCACAUCGAAGGAAGAAGAAAGGAGCCUUUCAGAACUCGUCGGGCGGUUUUGGAGGCUGGAGUCGAAAGACUCUAUGCAGCCUCCUACACUCAUGUCAGCAGAAGAUCGUCGAGGAGAGGAGAUCCUGAAAAGGACCAUUAAAUACAUAGAAAAUCACCACCAAGCCGAUUUGAUGUGGAAAACCGACAAUCCAGAAUUACUGGACCACCAUAGUAUGGCGCUCAGCCGCCUUUUCCAAAUUGAACGUCGCUUCAAGAGAGACCCCAGCUACGCCAAACGAUACAACGACGUCAUUCAAGAAUACAUAAACCUUGGCCAUGCUCGUCUCUUGUCCACUGAAGAAGCAAAACGGAGAACACCAAGGACAAACUAUAUGCCUCAUCAUGGUGUUCAAAGUUCGACGAGUUUGUCGACAAAAACAAGAGUGGUCUUCGACUGUUCAGCAGAGUGUGAAGGUACUUCCUUGAACAAAAAUCUUCUUCGUGGUCAGAACUACCUCCUAAAACUACUUGGAAUAAUCUUGCGCUUCCGCAAGCACCAAAUUCCCAUCAGUAGUGACAUCGAGAAGAUGUAUCAUCAAGUUUUAGUUCCAGAAGAGGAUCAAGAUGCCUUUCGAUUUUUGUACCGGUCGCCAAAUAGCACAUCGUCACCGCUUACUUACAGAAUGACAGUUCAUGUCUUCGGAGCCGUCUCGUCGCCGUCGACUUGCUUGUUCGUCUUAAAUAAAACAGCCGAAGACAACAAAACGAAAUUUCCAGAUGCAGCAGCCAGUGUAAGAACAAGUUUCUACGUCGACAACUAUCUGGAUUCGUUCAAUUCGGAAGAAGAGGCAAUCAAACGGGCCCGCCAGCUAAAGAAACUGUUGCAGCUGGGGGGUUUUAACCUUACUAAGUAG